AUGCUGUUGCUGGCAGACAUAAUGAUGAUAAUCUUUUUUACUGCUAAUGCUACAGAACAGCAAUGCACAGCAUAUGGAGCUGAUGAUCUUCUUCAUUUUUCUAAAGACGGUGAUGUCUCCAUAGGAGGCAUUUUUUCAUUCCAUCAGUAUCCACUAGAUGUGAAUCCAACACUACAAGUCAACCCAGGAAAUAUUAGGUGUUUUGGGGUUGAUCCAGGAGAGCUGCAGUAUGCCAUGACAAUGAUGUUUGCUAUUGAGGAGAUUAACAAUAGCACAGAUAUCCUUCCUGGCUUUACACUGGGCUACAGAAUAUAUGGCUCCUGUCCCAGCAUUCCUCUCUCUGUGAAAGCAUCACUGGUUCUCAUUAAUGGCCCAGAAGACAGGAUUGAUGAAUGCAUCAAACUCUCCACUGUGCAUGCUGUCAUUGGAGAGACGACUUCAACAGCCACCAUCGGAAUUGCAAGGACCAUGGGCCCAUUUCGCAUACCAGUGCUCAGUCACUCAGCUACCUGUGCAUGUCUUAGCAAUAGAAAAGAGUACCCCUCCUUCUUCAGAACAAUUCCCAGUGAUUACUACCAGAGCAGAGCGCUGGCAAAACUGGUUAAGCACUUUGGCUGGACCUGGGUGGGAGCUGUCAGAAGCAGGAGUGAUUAUGGCAAUGAUGGAAUGGCCAGUUUUCUGGAAGCUGCUGAAAAAGAAGGAGUAUGUGUGGAGUACUCUGUGGCUAUUUACAGGACCGACUCCAGAGAGAAAUUUCUAGAUGUGGUGGAUAUCAUUAAGACAUCCACGUCUAGGGUCAUUGUGGCUUUUGCAGAUGGUAAUGACCUGGACAUCCUCAUUAAAGAGCUUUACUACCAGAAUGUGACUGGUUUUCAGUGGGUUGGCAGUGAGGGCUGGAUCACAUACAGGUAUUUAGCCAACACCAUAAACUAUGCUGUGGUUGGUGGUGCAGUAGGCUUCGCUGUGCCCAAUGCUCAUAUUCCAGGCCUGAAAGAAUUUAUUGCGAGCAGCCGACCCUCUAUGACACCAGGUAAUACAGGACUGGUUGAACUGUGGGAGAAUGUGUUUGACUGUAAUCUGAGACUUCAAUCAUACAAUGGUGCCAAAUCUUGCACUGGAGAGGAGUCUCUGGAGACUGCGCACACAAGGUUUACAGAUGUCACAGAUGCCAGCCUACUGAACAACAUCUAUAAGGCUGUUUAUGCUGUGGCAUAUGCUGUGGAUGGACUGCUGGCCUGUGUGGAAGGAAAGGGGCCAUUUCCCAAUGGUUCAUGUGCAAGGAAAGGAAGAAUAGAGCCCUGGCAGGUUCUUCAUUACCUCUCCCAAGUAAACAUUACUAUGAAAAAUGGAGAGAAAGUUCUGUUUGACGAGCUGGGUGACCCAGUAGCACGCUAUGCCCUGGUCAACUGGCAGAUGAACAGUGAAGGAACCAUAAUAUUUGAGACCAUUGGUCUAUAUGAUGCAUCCCAGCAAGAUGGCCAAGAGUUUGUAAUGAGUGAUGAUGUUAGUGCAGUCUGGGCAGGAGAUCAGCGAACGGUUCCUAGGUCAGUAUGCAGUGAAAGAUGUCUUCCCGGAACCAGCAGGGCUUUCACAGAGGGGAAGCCAAUCUGCUGCUUUGACUGCAUUCCUUGUGCAGACGGAGAGUUCAGCAACACCACAAAUGCAGUGACAUGCCUUCCAUGCCCUCUCGAGUACAAGUCAAAUGGGAACAAGACUCGAUGUGACCUAAAAAAUAUUGAAUUCCUGAAUUUUAAUGAAAUCAUGGGAAUUCUACUGAUGACGUUUUCUUUUUUUGGUGGAUUUCUCACAAUCACAAUUGGGUUGAUUUUCUUCCACUAUAGACAGACUCCCAUUGUUAGGGCCAACAACUCAGAGCUGAGCUUCCUGCUGCUCUUCUCACUGACUCUGUGUUUCCUCUGCUCACUUACUUUCAUUGGUCGGCCCUCUGAGUGGUCCUGCAUGCUGCGUCACACAACGUUUGGGAUCACCUUCGUCCUCUGCAUCUCCUGUGUUCUGGGGAAAACAAUAGUGGUGUUAAUGGCCUUCAGAGCUACACUUCCAGGCAGUAAUGCCAUGAAAUGGUUUGGGCCUCCACAGCAGAGACUCAGUGUCCUUUUUUUCACUCUCAUACAGGUCCUUAUUUGUGUUCUUUGGUUGUCAAUAUCCCCUCCUUUUCCUCAUAAAAACAUGAACCAUUACAAAGACAGAAUUAUUCUAGAAUGUCAUGUGGGAUCAGUUGUAGGUUUCUGGGCUGUGCUGGGUUAUAUAGGAUUUCUGGCUCUUUUGUGUUUCAUUUUGGCUUUUCUAGCACGGAAGCUGCCUGAUAACUUCAACGAAGCCAAGUUCAUCACAUUCAGCAUGCUCAUAUUCUGUGCAGUGUGGAUCACCUUUAUCCCAGCUUAUGUCAGCUCUCCUGGAAAGUUUAUUGUAGCUGUGGAAAUAUUUGCCAUUUUGGCCUCAAGUUCUGGAUUACUUUUUUGCAUAUUUAUUCCCAAGUGCUACGUCAUUUUACUAAGACCAGAUAAGAACACUAAAAAACAUAUGAUGGAUAAAAAUCCUUUAAAAUCCAUCUGA